ACUCAUCAUUCGUGCGGUCCUCAAGAAUUUCUCGGCCCACCAUCCAUCAAAGUCUCUGGCUAGUCGACACCCUGUAAGGUAAGGUCGGAUACCCCGGCUUGAGCGGAACCCUUGCGCGCACCCGACGAUUUGGGCGAGCCUGUUGUUGGUUCGGGGGUGUAUGCGUUUGAUGCAAGGGCCUGAGCCUCGACCAGGGAGUCCGAGGUCACGAUGUCGGCUGCGGGUGCUGGACCCGUUCUUGCCCCGGCCAUUACUCCAAUCGCCGGCGUACCCAGCUUGGCUCUGGCUGCCAAUGCUAGUGCCGAUGUGCCGGUUCUUCCCCCCGGCUUCCCAGCUCAGCUGACGGGUCCUAUGACAUGGACUGGCUCCGACUUGGCCACUACGUCCGACUACAUCCUUGUCCUGAACGACACAUGGCACGCCGAGAUUAAGGCUGCUGUUGAGCAUUACAAGUCCCUCGACCAAGACGGACAUCUGGUGGGCCCACCCAACUUCCCACUGCCAACACUCGGAACAGAGCUCAAGGCAUUGAGUGGCGAGAUCCACAAUGGCAGGGGAUUUUGUAUCAUUCGUGGAAUUGAUCCUUCAUCCUACUCCGUGGAGGAUCUCACCUUGGUAUACCUUGGUAUUGGGUCGUACAUCGCUGAACAGCGUGGCCGCCAGGACAAGCGCGGAAACAUGCUUGUCCAUAUUGUCGCCGACAACAGCACUGAGCAGGCGUCUGAGCACCAUCGCCAUUCCACAAAGUCCAUCACUUUCCACAAUGAAGAGGCUGGGGACGUCAUCAGCUGGCUGACACGCAGCACUGCUGCAGCCGGCGGCAAAUGCAUCAUUGCCUCUGCUUACACCAUCUACAAUGUUCUGGCAGCGACGCGACCUGACAUUAUCCGUACUCUGGCCCGGUCUGAUUGGCCGUUUGCCUUGCCUCGCUUCCAGUGCCGCCCAGUAAUAUUCUACCGAGACUCGAGGCUCAUCAUGAACUUUGGCCGGGCUGCUUUGCUGGGCAGCGAGGCCCAUCCCCGGCCCCAUCACCUGCCCUCUUUGACGUGCCGACAGGUCGAAGCCUUGGAUGCCAUCGAAGCCAUUGCUCAGGCCACUCAGAUGGAGAUCCAAACGCAAGCUGGGGAUAUGCACUUCAUCAACAACAUGGGUGUUCUUCACCGCCGCGAGAGCUUCAUAAACGGCAAGUCUCCAACUGAGAAACGACAUUUGGUGCGCAUGCGCCUCCGGAGCGCCGAGCAAGGAUGGCCUGUUCCUCUCGAGCUUGAACGCGAAUGGCAUGAGGCAUUCAAGGAGGAAGGUGUCAAGCAUUGGCACCUGGAGCCAAUGCCACUCUUCUUCUUCCCGAUGCGCCGUCAGCCAAACUAACGCGGCCGCAAGAUUCGAUCCCCCUCAACCCCGUUCACCUUAUCUUU